UUUAACAAUGGCUAUAGCGCACGUUGCGACCGAAUAUGUAUUUAAUGAUUUUUUAUUGAAGGAACCCAGCGAAUCUAAGUACAAAGGCGUGCGGCUGGAACUGGCCUUGGACAAACUGGUCAGCUUUAUCGCGGUUGGGCUUCCUUUGUUACUCAUUUCCCUCGCCUUUGCACAAGAAGUCUCAGUGGGUUCCCAAAUCACCUGUUUUCCACCCAGCAGCUUCUCAUUGCGGCAGGCUGCAUAUGUAGAUUCCUUCUGCUGGGCUGCAGUGGAGAGUCACUCCACGGACAACAGUGCCCCCCUUCGACUACACAAGUUCUUUCCUUAUAUCCUUUUGCUGGUCGCCAUCAUCAUGUAUAUUCCUGCUCUGUUGUGGCGUUUCACGGCUACCCCGUCCCUUUCCUCUGACCUCAAUUUUAUCAUGGAGGAACUUGACCGUUGCUACAAUCGUGCCAUCCGUCUAGCAAAGAGCCUAACAUCCAACCUUGAUGGCAAAGACACUGCAGAAGAUCCACACAGUGGAAUUGAAUUGACCGAAGGUUGUUUUAAGUACCCUCUGGUCGAGCAGUACCUAAAAACAAAGCGUGCAUCGUGGGCUUUGGCAGCGAAAUAUCUUCUUUGUCGGGUUUUAACCCUCCUCACUUUACUGCUUGCCAGCUUUUAUCUGACAUACUACAUCUUUUGGGUUUCACCAAGUGACCAGUUCUCCUGUAACCUGCGCACAGGUAUAUUAUCAAAUGAGACUGGGGUACCAGACGCAUUGCAGUGUAAACUAGUGGCAGUGGGUGUAUUCCGCCUCCUAAGCUGCAUUAAUGUGGUGAUGUAUAUAGUGUUAGUACCUGCUGUGGUCUAUGCUGCCCUUCAGCCUUUUCUUGAACACCAGCGUGCCCGGUUUCUCCAUCCAUACCGCCUGUUGCCUGCUUUCGGGCAUGCCCUCGAUUUAGAGCCCACAGGUCGGCGCUAUGAUGACCUCAGCAUCUAUCUGCUGUUCCUGGAGGAGAACUUGAGUGAGCUUAAGAGCUACAAAUGUUUGCAGGUAUUAAAGCUGCUGUCAGAGGAAGGAGAUGCAGCGUUUGACACCAUGUGUCUCCUCAGGACUUUGGGACAAGUGAGGACUGACAUGGUGGACAGGAAACGAUCCCAUACAGUUGAUGGAAAAUCUCAAUUAACUAGGACAGAAAUAAAUUCUGAACAGAAAGAUAUUUCCGUUGUUCUGCUGGAUGAUGGAGUACACACAGAGAAAAGCUGCAGCUGUGUGAAAGAUGUGAGACACAGGGUGGUCUGAAUUAUUAUAAGUCUCUCAUGUUCCAAGCUUUAAACAUGUGGUUUUAAAAGCUAUACUGCUAAUACUGUGAAAGGUAGUCUAUCAAAUAUCAUUUUAUCACCGGUCCACUAAAAUAUUUUUUGAAUGCAACUGCACUGAUUUACAAAACUGUGACUGUUAUUAAUACUGUAUAAAAGUUUUUCUGUAAAUUGAAUGUGAAUGUAAAUGACAUACCAGAAUAUGCAAUGCUUGAAACUAACAGACAAAUAUUUAACUGUUUAUAUUUACUAAAAAAUGUGAUCUGGUGGUUGGCUUAAUACAAUUCCACUGCUGUCCUUUUGAAAUUUUUUAACUUCAUAUUUCGCUUUUUUUGCUUAAAUCAUUAGUUACCCUUUAUGCUUUUUGCAAAAAUCUAACCAAUUAAAAAUCUUAAAAGUGUUUGCUGACACAGUAUUUAUUUAUUUAAAAGUACUGUGUUAUUUCCAUUUUCUGAAAAACAGUGAAUUUGGACAUCCAAGGUUUUGGAAGGACAGCAGCAAUAUGCACCUAUUGCUGUGCAUGUUUGAGGAUUCCUUAUAUUUGUUGGAAUGGGGUAGCAUAUAGAGUAUGAGGUACAGUGCAAUAAUCUCUUGAAAUGUUUGCUUACAAACAAACCCAAAUUAUCUUUUUCACGAGUGAAAAUAAGAAAAUGCUUAAAUUCUUUUUCUUCAGAAUGCUCUCCAGACCACAUAUAAGCAUCCUUUACAAAUAUAUAUAUCAUAGCAGUGAUAUAACUGCCAAGAAGUAAUGUUUUUUUCAAGCCAAUGCUUCAAUACUAACAAUUUUAAUGUUUUGAAAUAUGGAUCUUGCAAAAUGAAGAUAAUCUUAUUCAUCAUGAAGAAGCAUUGUAUAGUUGAGGGUCAAGAAAGGAAAAGAGGGACAUGUUGACUAAUUCACUGCCUAAAAGCUAUACAACUGAAAUGUACACUAGUUUUGUUUAAAUUAUUUUUUACUUUUGUAUAUGUGGGAGCUGUUUUCUCUAGUAAGUUUAAAUGUAAUAAUAAUUAAAUUGCAUACUUUUUUCAUAUAGGUGAAUUGUUGGUAUGAUCUUAAAACACUUUAAUGAUUUGUUUUUAUUGUAAUUGUUUGUAUAAUUUCAUACCUCCUUACCCUAAAGAAAUUAACAUCAGUCUUGAACAAUUGUCAGAAAUGUUUUAUAAAGUUGCAUUUGUUUACUGUU